AUGCAAGCUCUAAACACUACGAAACGGCUAAUGUCUACCAAACAAUUUCCAUUGUUCAAGUCACUACUCUAUUCGUCGCACGACCCUGCAGACUGCACGCAAGUGCUCAAAGUUCACAGCUACACCCCGAAGGUGGGAGCCGAUGAGUCGAUUCUUCUCCGCACGUUGGCGUUCCCAAUUAACCCUUCGGACAUCAACCAAUUGCAGGGGGUGUAUCCCUCGGUGCCCGAGAAAACGUUAGACUACUCGACCGAAAAGCCGGCCGCAAUUGCGGGCAACGAGGGCGUGUUCGAGGUGAUGUCUGUCCCGCAAGGGGAACGCCGGCUGGCUGUUGGCGACUGGGUAAUUCCGCUGUACAGCAACACCGGGACGUGGACAAACUACCAGACAUGCCGCGAUGCUGGCACGCUGGUUAAGGUUAACGGGCUGGACCUGUACACGGCGGCAACAAUCGCAGUGAAUGGCUGCACUGCGUACCAACUGGUCAACGACUACGUGCAAUGGGAUCCAUCGGGCAACGAGUGGAUCGUGCAGAACGCAGGAACGUCAGCGGUGUCCAAGAUCGUGACGCAGGUGGCCCAGGCGCGCGGCGUCAAAACCCUCAGUGUGAUCCGGGACCGUGAAAACUUUGCAGAAGUAGCCAAGGAGCUGGAAGAGCGCUAUGGGGCUACGAAGGUCAUCAGCGAAACCCAAAACAACGACAAGGACUUUUCCAAGGACGAAUUGCCGGUAAUCCUUGGCCCAAACGCGCGCGUCCGCCUCGCGCUGAACUCUGUGGGUGGAAAAUCCAGUGGGGCUAUCGCGAGAAAGCUAGAGCGGGAUGGUACCAUGUUGACCUACGGGGGGAUGUCCAGGCAGCCUGUGACGGUUCCAACGACGCUCUUAAUUUUCAAUGGCCUGAAGUCCUUGGGGUACUGGAUCACCGAGAAUACGAAGAGAAACCCUCAAUCUAAGAUCGACACCAUAUCCGCGCUCAUGCGCAUGUACGGUGAUGGACAGCUGCAGCCUCCAGAGGCCGACAUAAAGAAGAUUGAGUGGGACGUUCAAAAAAUGAAUGAUGAACAGCUGCUUGAGGCGGUUAAAAAUGGUAUCCAAAGCAACGGUAAGAGUGUAGUAGUGCUCAAGUGGUAA